AUGGCUAAUAGCAAGACACCUAGCUUAAAGAAACCAAGAGAGAAGGCUCUUAUAGAUUUGUAUUUUACUUCUGAUGCAGAAAUGGUUGUUCAAAGUAGAAAAGAAGGCAAAGAGAAGCAAACUACUAUCAAUGAAGUUUGCAAAAAAAAAUUAAGAGACAAGACUUGUAGAGAGUUGGCUAGGUGGAUGUAUGAUGCCGGUAUUCCAUUUAAUGUCGUUAAUUAUCUAAACUUUGCUGUUGAAAUUGAAGCAAUUGGACAAUUUGGUCCUGGUAUGAAACCUCCAAGUUAUCAUGAGAUUAGGGUCCCUUUGUUAAGAAAAGAAGUUGAGCAUACUAGAGAUUUGACGAAGGGCCACCAAGAAAAGUGGGCAAGGUAUGGAUGCUCGAUUAUGUCAGACGGUUGGAAGGAUGAGAUUGCAAAGAAGGACAUAAUCAACUUUUUAGUAAACUCUCUUAAAGGAUCGGUAUUCAUCAAAUCUGUUGAUGCUUUCCAUGCUGUGAAGAGUGGAAAUCUCUUAUUUAAAUUGCUUGAUGACAUGGUGGAGGAAAUUGGAGAAGCAAAUGUCAUUCAAGUGGUGACCGACAAUGCCUCUAAUUAUGUAGCUACAAGGAGAUUGUUGGAGGCAAAGAGGUCAAAUUUAUAUUGGUCACCAUGUGCUGCCCAUUGUGUUGACUUGAUAUUGGAGGAUAUUGUUGAAAUUUCAUCAAUACAUAAUCAGAAGAACAACUUAAGGAAGAUGUUCAAUUCUGAAGAGUGGAACUCCAAAUUUUGGGCAAAAGAGUCAGCUGCCAAGAGAGCGCUUCAUAGCAAAAAGAGGAAUAGGCUUGCUCAACAACGCUUGAAUGAUUUGGUAUUUGUGAAAUAUAAUAGAGCCUUGAGGCAUCGAUAUAAUAGGCAUGAUACCGUUGACUCUAUUUCUUUGAAGGACAUUGAUGAUAGUAAUGAGUGGGCUGCUGGAGUUGAUGAGCCUACAUAUCGCACAAUAAUUAGUGCGAAUGCUUCUUCAUCAAGAGGGGGGGCUUUACACUCAAGGCCUAAAGCAUCAAGAUCAGAACUUGUAGAUGAGGAGUUAGAAGACUCAGAAGAAGAGCAAGGCAUUGGAGAUCACAAGUCUGAUGAAGAAGAAGAAGUUGAUCUUAUUAUCGAUAAUGAUGAGGAGGACUACUAG